GUAGUUGGGAUCUACGGUGGUGAAGCAAAACCAUCUGAUUUCAACGACAUGUCAGCAACACUUAUAACAGAGUUACAGGAGUUGCUGACGGAGGUAUUAAUGUAGAUAAGUAUCAGCUACAUUUAACAGUUAAAUUAGUUGCUGUUAUUUGUGACGCUCCAGCUCGCUGCAACGUGAAGUACAUUGUGGGACACAAUGGUAUCGCUGGCUGUGACAAAUGUCAGGUUUUAGGGACGCGAAUGGGUGAUCGAAUGACUUUCCCCAAUGGUGAACACGACUUAAGAAAUGAUGUCACUUUUCGUAGUAGGUCGCAAUCUAUCCAUCAUCGUGGUACAAGUUCAUUUGAAAAUCUGCCAGUGGAUAUGAUUAAAUGAUUCCCCUGUGGACCUAUGCAUAUGAUAUACUUAGGUGUUACUAAAAAACUUAUUUCAUUAAGGAAGGAGCUAGCUAUUAAGCGACUUAAUAGGAUGGAUCAAUCAAUUAUCGCAUCAAUAAAUGAUGCACUAGACAUAUGUAGACAACACACUACAUGCGAUUUUCAACGGAAAUGUCGUUCACUUUAUGGAGUUUCUGUAUGGAAAGCAACUGAGUGUCGGUUGUUCUUAUUAUACUUAGGACCUGUAGUUCUUCAUAAUAGGUUACCACUAUCAAUGUACAGAAACUUCCAGUCACUCUCUUUGUCUAUGUAUUUAUUAUCGCACCCUAAGUUUCAUAGCACAUUCGCUAACAGUGUUCGGGUUUACAUUAAUAACUUCUUAUUAGGUUACGAAAGGUGUUACGGUACCGAACACUUAAUCUACAAUGUGCAUAGUUUAAAGCACAUUGCAGACGACGUUAUGGAACAUGGUACUUUAGAAUCGUUCUCAGCAUUUCCUUUUGAGUCUUACAUGAAAAAAAUUAGGCGUUCAGUACAUUGUGGAUUUGUUGCGGCUAAACAAGCCGCACAGCGAUAUGCCGAAGAAGUUUACUUUCAAAGUAUACUGAAUCAGGAUGAGGCUGACAACGUCACUGGGCCUGAGGUAACUGAUGAUUCUUCCAAGCAACCUCUAGUUCUUCUGAGGUGCAUAAAUAGUCGGUAUUUUUUCGUUUGACAUUACUAACACAAGUGAUAUAACAAUUUACCUUUUCAGCGUGGCAAGACUGCGUUUCAUCGUUAGUCGUGAUGUUAGUAUUGUAGCCCAGUACUGUUGUUAAACACACUUUUAAUUCCUGGGCUACAUUGUAGUCCUCUGAAAACAAUAAAUGUUAAUUGAUUGCAACUUACCACAACGAUGCAUAACGGCGCAUUUUCUCAACAUCAAUACCCUCAACAAUUUCGUACUCACUGAUAUCAUCACGAUAAAGGUAAUGAUCGUUGGUCAGGAGCCAUUUGUUCGGAAUGCAGAGCACUUGCUGCUUCUCCUUAUCGUCAACCAAAAUGUACUUACCACUUUGAUGCUGUAAAUGAAUGGACGACGUAAAAUCACUAAGCAACAGGGAUUUACUGGCUAACGUGCUAUAUUUGCGACAAGUGAUGUGACUUUGCUUAUUGCAAUGUAUGUAAAAGAG